CAGCAACGCGAUCCGGAGCCCGAAUGGCGGCGCAGAGAGGGGAGUUCAAAUCGAGCGGAGGUUUCCACAGCCCGUGAGUCCCAGGGAGGCCGCCAUGAAGCGAAUGAAGUCAGUCAGGAGCCCCGCGGGGCCCGGGAAUGACAUAGAAGAUGCUCGGCCGCCGGAGCUGCUGGCAGAGGAGGAAGAUUCCUCUGCCAAAGCACUGGUCAGUUUGAAAGAGGGCAGUUUAUCAAAUACUUGGAAUGAGAAGUACAAUUCCCCCCAGAAAACCCCCACCUGGAAGGGCAACAUUAUCUCUGCCAAUGAGACGCCCUACAGGCUAUCAAAGCGUAGCCGCCUUUUCUCUGAUGAGGAUGAACGCCAGUUAACUAGCCGCUCACCCAAGAGAAACCCAAAGACUACUGUGGUGCCUCAGAAGUUCAACGUUACAAUGACUACCCCAGUGAAGAAAGCAUCUCAGAAAAUCGGCUACAGGUUACGGAACUUGUUGAAACUGCCCAAAGCUCACAAGUGGUGUAUAUACGAGUGGUUUUAUUCAAAUAUAGACAAGCCGUUAUUUGAAGGCGAUAAUGACUUUUGUGUUUGCCUAAAAGAAUCUUUUCCAAACCUUAAGACAAGAAAACUAACAAGAGUGGAAUGGGGGAAAAUUAGGCGGCUAAUGGGGAAGCCACGAAGAUGUUCUGCUGCGUUUUUUGAGGAGGAACGAUCUGCUUUGGAGCAGAAGCGGCAGAAAAUAAGACUCUUACAGCAAAGGAAGGUAGCAGACGUGUCACAAUUCAAAGAUCUUCCAGAUGAAAUCCCUUUAUCAUUGGUGAUUGGAACCAAGGUUACAGCUCGACUGCGUGGUCUUCAUGAUGGAUUAUUCACUGGCCAAAUAGAUGCUGUAGACACGCAGAAUUACACAUACAGGGUCACCUUUGACCGGAAUGGACUUGGAACCCACACAAUACCAGACUAUGAAGUUCUAAGCAACGAACCCCAUGAAACAAUGCCAAUGGCUGCCUUUGGACAAAAGCAAAGGCCCCCCAGAAUGUUCAUGACUCCCCCACGAUCAAGUUACACUCCAGCCAUCCAGUCGCCUGUAAUGGAGAGUGAUCCGUUACUGGCACAAUCCCCUUGGAAAGCAAAGAUGUCCAGCACAGACACCGAGACUAUAGGAGGCUUCCCAGUUGAAUUUCUCGUCCAGGUGACCAGGCUAUCCAAGAUCCUCAUGAUCAAGAAAGAGCACAUAAAGCUGUUACGGGAACUGAACACCGAAGCGGAGAAACUGAAAUCUUACUCUGCUCCCAUUAGUAUAGAAUUUCAGAGGCGAUACGCAACCAUUGUCCUGGAUCUGGAGCAACUCAAUAAAGACCUUAACAAAGUCCUGCACAAGGUUCAGCAGUACUGUUAUGAGUUGGCUCCAGAUCAGGGGCUGCAGCCGGCAGAUCAGCCAACGAGCAUGAGUCAGCGGUGUGAGGAGGAUGCCCGGCAAAUGGUGCGGAAAGCCAAUACUUCAUCCACAGGGCAGCCGUGUGUACAGAACGAGAGUGUAACGGAGCUCAUCUCCAGGCUUACUGCUGUCCUGCUGCAAAUAAAAUGCCUCGCAGAAGGAGGGGAUCUCAAUUCCUUUGAGUUCAAAUCUUUAACAGAUUCAAUAAAUGACAUAAAGAGCUCGAUUCAACCUUCCAAUAUCAGCAGUUUCCAGAAUAACGUUGAGAUCCAUGUUGCUCACAUUCAGAGUGGCCUGAGCCAGAUGGGAAACCUCCAUGCGUUUGCUGCCAAUAACACCAACAGAGACUGAGCGUGAUUGUGCUGCAGCUAGUGACUCUGCUUUGCUUUUGGACAAGGAGAACCCCUUGCAUCUCAUUAACGAGAAAGCAUUACUAAGCCGACGACCAUUUUAACUAUUUAAAAUGAAUUACUUUUGUAACAGUGAAAUCCUGCAAUCCGAUUGGUACCUAGCAAAACAGCGCGGCACAUCACUAAGGUUGGAAUUCUCAGUGCUGCUCUGCUGGUGCUUUGUCCCACAAAUAUAGAAUAACGGCACAUUUGUUUCACUUGCUCAAUGGAAUCCUAAAUCCCUGACGACAAGAUACCUGCCUAAACUCGAUACUGCUCAGGUGUAGUUGAAACAGGUACAGCAGCACCAGUAUUCCCAUCACUGCUCGACACCUGCAAACAAGAAACUUGAUUUUCAACGUUAUUCUUGCCUAUAGAUUUCACUGGUCGCAUUUUAUAAACUCGAUUCAAUGCCGUUUAUUUACUUUCAUUUUAAACAAAAAAGACCUGUUUCUUUUGGGGGGGAGGGGUGUUUGGCGACCGCUAAUUGCACAGAGCUGCAUACGCGUGUAUCCUAGCAACGUUCAUCUUGUACAGAUUGUGUAUUGGGUUGUUUCAUAUAGGAGAUAUAAUAAUUAUGAUGUCGUUCUAGGAGCUAGAUGUAGAGAGGAGUUUCUGAAUUUUCAGAGAACAGAGUAUUUUUUAUGUUCAUGUACAAAGGAAAUCUUUUCAAACUGAAUACAUUGUACAGUUUGAAAGUGAAA